CGGCUUGACGGAGCUGCUGUCAGAGUGUUCCUGGAAAGUGUGUGGAUCUUUAUUUUAUUGGGGGCUGUCUGUCUGUAUAGUAUUUUUUUAAGGGGAUUCAGUAGAGAAAACGUGUUGCUGUAAGAGAUGCAGGCUGGGUCGGAUUCUUAACUGGACGUUAAAAACGCUACGGUUUCUCCCGUCCGGUUGUUAUGGAGCAGCCACCUGGGAGCAUAGAUGAUCUACAGCCUCAAGACCUCUCCACCUCCAGCAUCCCCACUGUGAUCGACCUGACCAGGAGAGGGGGGGAAUGUGUCCUCAACUCUGCAGCGCUCGAUGCUGUGCGAGUUGUCAAGAGCCCCGGCUGGUACCCAAACUCCGGGACCAGCAACCAUGGACUACAAUUCUCAGAGAGUGGCACCUCGGAUAUCACGCUCCAAUCAGGGGAUCAAAUUCAACCAGACAAUGCCUUCUCCCACACUACAGUCACCCUCUCCUAUGUGAGCAGGUCUCACGUCUUCUCCACCCAAGACUCCCUAUCUCAACAUUUGCCUCUCUACAGCGUGCCGCCUAUCAGCAGUUUCUCCAUCCACCCUCCUUGUGACAUAGAUAAGGGGGUCGGGGAGACUGGCAAUGCAUUGAACCAGCAUUAUUUGGAGUCGGUCGAUGGGCCAGUGGACCUCGUCGCUCAGUUGUCGUCUCAGGCUCUUCUGGGACCAGAGAACGAUGUGGGAGGAUCUCUAGCGCAGGAGCCCCAUGAGGUUAAUGGUGAGGUCAUUUCCAGUGAUGGGGAUUUAGAAAAGUCUCUACAAGGUGAAGAGGAGCACAGCCUUACUCAGCAAAACAGCAGAGUUUUGGAGAAUGGUCAAGGAGACAGCUGGUCAAGUUCAGGAGCAUCACCGCAGACUCUCACCUCUGUCACAGGGGAGGAUGAGGGGAGAGGGGGCUCUGACGUUGUCUUCAUCAUGUCAAAGAAACAGGACCCGGUGGUGGUUGUCUCAGACAGUACAAGUGUUAGAGACCUGUCUUCCCUGAGUAGGGAGUAUAUCAGUCCACUGGAUGACCCCGUCUCCCCCUCGGCUACCUCACUGGACGAUGUGGAGGAUGUGUUCAUCCUGCCUCAAGCCUCUAGCUCGCCCAGCGGUGACAACUGUUAUCUAGCUGAGGAGGCUGCGUGUGAUGACUUGAGUACAGAGGAGACCAUUGAGCCAAACUCUGGCAUCAGUGAUGGCAUCACAAGGUUGGAUUCAAGCAAUGAGAAUAAACAGCGAACCCAUAGACGAAAGACUGUGUUGGAGCCUUUGAUUGACUUGACAGAUGAUGUUUGUGUGUCCGAUGAUUCGGAAAACAAACCCAAAACUGUUGUUCCUCACAUGAAUGGGAAUGCAAAGGUGAUACAGAGAACUUUAAAAGAAAGGAAACUGCCAUUGCGUUCCGGCAGAGGGACGCGGUUAGAGGCCAUAGUAAUGAACAUAAAUUCAAGCAGGUAUAACGUAUCAGGGUGUAUACGCACCCAUAAGAAAGCCAGUGCUUUCCAGUCAGCAGCUAGGGAAUCCACCUUAGCCAGUCCUAGGAGAACUAAUGCUGUCUUAUUGAAUAAAAGGAGAGGCAAAGUGAAGGCACCUUUCUCAGUGAAACAAACAAAACGAAAAGCGGUAGCUCCAGUGACAAGGGGUAAAUCUAGGAACGUUAAUACUGACACUUGCAAGGACUCUACCUCUGAUUCUGAAAUCAUUAAUAAUUCUAAGGCACACAGCAGCGUACCUCCAAAAAGUCCACCGUGUGCUGUGCACAGGAGGUCAAAGAGAGAACCAGGGAAUGUGUCUCCCCCUGUGCAGCCAUUACAGAGCAGCCCCCUGAAGUCAAAGAGGAAAACUUCAUCACAGUCAAGUCCUCCGUUAGCUGUGCACAAGAACUCAAAGAAAGAGCCCGAGGUGCUUUCUCUGCCUGACCCCUCAGUGGAAAUUCAUGUGGAAAGGUUUUCUCUACCACCUUCAAAAUCUCCAAAGAAAAGUCCAGGCAAAGCCAAAAGCAAAGUCCCUGGUAGCAAAACAUCUCCCACUGCCAAGACGAAAGGAGCUCGCACUCCCAAACGCAGGCGAAAGAAACCCAAACAGGGCCAGUCUUCCUUAAUGUUCUCCCCCAAGGAGCCCGAGAUCAAGCUGAAGUACAUAAAUUACAAGGAGGAGAAAAGAGACUUGAGGUUGGACAGCUUUUCUCCGUUCAUCCGUGUGGAGCGUCAGCAGUCGUCGCCAUCCCUGUGCACUGUAAUCAACUACCCCGAGGAGGUAAACACAACACACAAGAAGGGCCAGCAGCAGCAGCAGGCUCACACCAGCGGCUUUAUUUCUGCAGUCGUACCCAGCACCUCCUGCCUGCAGCUGGGCCGGGUGUCAAUGCUCAGCCAGCACCAGCGAUCUCUGGUCUGCUCCCUGUGUGGGCAGUCGGCCAACGCCAUGGACUUGGGGGACCUCCACGGCCCCUACUACCCUGAGGGCUACCAACCGAGCACCAAAACACCAGCCAGCACCUCAGGCCUCAAAGAGGAGGAUGACUACAGUGAUUCUGACUCUUCAUCCUGCAGUAGGAGGGGCAGAGGGAGGAAGCGUGCCAUUCGGCCCCAAUCUUGGGCCCUCAGGCCGGGCACCCAGCUGAAGCAGAAGGGCCUCCUGGAGAACCAACGGUGGGCCGGCAACAGCACAGGCAGCCCUGCAGCUAAGCGGGCCCGGUCAGAUGCUGCUGGUUCUGCAGAUGUGGAGGACUGGUAUAGCCCACCUGUGCUGCCUCUGGAGCCCUGCGAGUACUGGCUCCAUGAAGACUGCGGCAUCUGGUCUGCAGGCGUGUUCCUUGUGAAGGGCAAAGUCUACGGACUAGAGGAGGCCGUCAAGGUGGCCCAGGAGACGAUUUGUUCGGCGUGCCACAGUCCAGGUGCUACACUGGGCUGCUUCUUCAAAGGCUGUCCCAACAAAUGCCACUACAGGUGUGCUCUGGAGUCAGCAGACUGUGUUCUCAUUGAAGAAAAUUUCUCCAUGAAGUGUAAGAAGCACAAGAACAAGACAUUCAAAGCUCCUCCAGGGAACCGACGGGAAGACAGGUGACAGUGAACAGAAACCUCAUGAGAACCUUCACCUGCGUUUGUUCUCCUUCCCCAUUUCUGCUGGUAACCAUGGCGACAGUGGACCAGGGUUCUUCUGACUGACAGCUAGCACCCGCAAACCUUAACUUCACCCUCUGCUCUUCAACUGCACUGUUGACCCCCGACACUGUGACUGCAGGAGCCUCCCUCAGUCCAGUCUGACGGUACUCCUCAGCCAACACCACCUGUGGACCGAGGAAAACUACUCUUAAAGUAACAUGCUGAAUUUGUCAGUUGUGUAGUUAUUUAUAUGUUUUUUUUUCCUGAAUUAAAUAUGAAUAACAAUCAAAGAUAUUUAAUUUUGUAAAGAUUUUCUAAAUAUUUGAUUAUAUUUGGUUUAUUUAUUCCUGGACAUUUAGCAGUUGUCAAAGAGGUUUGAGUGUGUGUGUUGGUUUUUUUAUUUUUUUUUUAAGUUAUUGGUAAAGCAAUUUGAUGUUGAAAUGUCAAGCCAGUCAAGGAGAUGGUGGUUUUUUUAAACCAGAUGAGACAGAAAACAAAGGAUUUGAGGGGUUGAGACCCCGCCCCCCCCAAGGUACCUGAUUGGUGUCAACGCAGCAGGGUUCCAUGUUAAAUGCAACACCUUCUUAGAUCCUCACGCAUCACAUUGCGUUUUUGUUUCCAGUGCAGAAGUCUAACUCACCCAAACGACCUCACGCUGAAUGUGGGGCCCGGUUGAUGAUGAUGAGGGAGCCGGACAGUGUGUGUUUGAAUGUAUUUCACAGGGAGCACUUUGGUCCUCUGCUCCGGCUGCAGUAUUACCUUCUUCAGCCUCCAACCCUCGUUUACGUCGGGCUGUCAUGUGACUCUCUGAGGCUCACAAGUCGCCCUUACAAGAACCAUAUCCAACCUUCAGAAUGAGACCAUGUGGGUCUGUUUUUUUUUUUCAUUUGGCUUAAAGCACUUUGACCUCCUACUUCAGGCUGGGAGCACUUAAAUGUGUCUGUAUUGUUUUCACCCGUGCAGCCUCUAUAUCAGGUAAUAUUAAUAGAAUUUCAGUGUAUUUUUUAGUGUGCCCUGUUAGGACAAGAUUAGAUUAAGAGAGCAGACAGUUUCCCCUAAAAGUGAAGCGAUUCCUUUAAAUGCAAAUCAUUGCCGUUUACCUGGAUUUCUUUUCUGUUUGAGCUUCAGUCAUUACUUUCAGCUCUAAACUUUGCAGUUCAGUAUUCACUCUGCUGUUGAAGGCACACUAGCCUUCUAGGUUCAGCUGCAGAAUCGCUCCCUUUUGGCUCCACUAGUGUCACUACAGACACAAGAUCUUCAGUAUGCAGGUGUAGCACUCAGUUUUGUGCUGACACUGAGAACCUUUGCUUUACAUCAGUCUUAAGUUCAAUAGGAAUGAUCAUGUUAGUGGUCCUAAUCAUUGACUGCAAUUUUUGUGUCUCGAUUUGGGCCUAAGAGGUGCAUUUGCACCUGAACCUUUCUGAAAAAGCCUUAUCUGACAUACAAGAGGUGUAUCCAUUAAUUUUUUUUCCCACUUCUCACUAGCUUGUGGUGCAACGACAAAUCAGUGGAUGUACUGUACACCACAGUGAUGACUAAAGGCAGCUUGCAUGCACUUUCCUGCACCAGAUUUUAUUGUUAUAACCCCAGAGGCAUGGCAGGCCAGUUCCUGAUCCCUCCAACCACACAGGGACACACUGACCCUCUCAGACUUGUGUACUGAGAUUACUUCCCGGUGUGUGAGCACCUGUUGAAUCAGAUGGAGUUUGGGGCUUUUUUUGCCUUUCAGCCUGUCUCUUUGUCUUUGUGUUCAGUGUUGGUGUUAAACGUCUGUACUUUCAAAGAGCGCCAUCAGGGGCAGCGCUGUGCUUUGUGAGAUCAGUGUGAGGCCCAUUAAGCCUCGACUGGAUGUCAGCAGAUCUCCACACAGAGGCGGCUGAAGGCUUGGUCUGCUCAGUGUCUCACCAGCAGCAGAACACACACCCACAUCUCCUGACGCCGACAACAUUGUGUGUCAUCCAUUUGUGCCAUCUUUAUGUUUUGUGUAUUUUCUGUUUUGUUGCAGUGACAUAACAGGCUAGACUGUUUUUAAUGAGCAGAAGCGUCAUCAAGUCUGGAAUUUUCACAGCAUUUUUAAUUAUUUUUUCUGUCACUCGCAAGCAGUUGUACCAAAUACAGAUUUUGGAAUAUGUUUUAUUCUUGCAAACCUACAAAAUGUUUGGAUUUUGAGAACUGUUUUGUCCAUGUGUUAAUCUCAGGGUUGAAUCUCAGAUAUUCUAAUGAUUUUGUGAUUAUUUUUCUCUUCUUCUCUCGUAUCAACUCCACUAUGACUGGAGCAGUGAUCCAUGUAGCAGGAUGUGGUUAUCUCCCAUGAUGCAAAGCCUUUCUCUGUCCUGGUACACACUACUCGUCACAUUCCAACGCUGCCUCCUCCGUGUGUUCGUCAGUGCUGUUCUGUUCUUAGGUUAAACAUGGGAGUAGGACUGCCAACUCAUUAUCACACUUUUGUCAUCGUCUUCUUUUAUGGCAACUUUUUGUACUGUCUCGUUUACCUCUUGGAGCAUCAGAGGUCAUGUAAUUGUCAAAAUUAAAUAUUUUGUUUGUG